GCUGAAAGUUAUCCGAGUUCAGAAAUUUCUGGAUAAAAUUCCCGAGUAGAUUCGUGCACUUUAGAUGUUGUACGGACGUUUUAUGGGCCUUAGGUUUUAAGCUCCGGAGAUUAUGCAGCAGCUUAAUCAUUCUGUGUGAUCUGGAUUUCGUGAUUUGGGAUUCGCCAGAGCGCUGAUAAUGGGUAACUGGUGGGUGUGGCUGUGAUGUCUUCAUGGAUGAUUGUCGUGGAAAGCUGAAUAUCAUACCGGAUCACUUUCAAGUCUCAACUUCCAGUGACGACACUCUGCGAACAGAAUCUACGCCUGUUUCCCAUCCAAGGGUUGAUAAUUUGGCAAGCUUCUUCUUUUUGUUUAGAAUAGGCCCCAAAGCCUUUCCUGGUCAUCGAGAAAAUUGAAGACUGCUGCAUCUAUGUUGAGAAUGUUCAGUCUACGUGGCCUACCUUGGACCCCUGAUGGCCAGCAAAAGGUUCAGAUUACUGUUGCAGAGUUGGAAUCACUUCGCUCGGAGCUUGCUGAGUUAGAAGAAAGGGAAGCUUACUUUAAAGCUCAGUUGGAACAUGUUGAUGAAAUUCUGCGCACAGCUCGCCUCUCGGGCUAUUUAUACAUUCGAUCUAGAUGGGCAGCUUUACCUGGUGAGCCUCCUGUUCUUGAUGAUAGUGAUAUCGAUGAUUGGCUUCCUCGAUUUGUUGUCCUUCAUGGACAGUGUUUAUUCUUCUAUUUGUUAAGCACAGAUUUGAGUCCUCAAGAUUCAACUCUACUCUCCGAUGUUGUUGAAGUGGGUUCUCUACCAGAUUUUAGGCGAGAAGAUGAUGAGAUAAGAUAUUCUUUCUACGUUAUGACUCGUCAAGGCCUUCGGUUUGAGUGUUGCAGUGCUUCUAAAGUACAGGCGGACACAUGGUUAGAGGCACUAAAAACUGACUGCAGAUAUGGCUGUGGUGGUGCAGAAGCUGUAAACGAAGCUUCUGAGACCAAGAAUCAUUCCGAGACUGACUGAACAUUGAACUGUACGUAGGCUUAUUCGAUUGUACAUCUUUAGUUCAGCUGCUAUUUGAUCGGAGCUUGUGGUUCCUCUAACUUCACAUCCUUUUGUUUAUGUACAUAGAUUGACAACUCUCAUUAAACCUGGAAUUCAUUAUGUAGUACUUCCCAGAACACAAUUCCUUCUUUCUAGUUCAUAUUUUCUGCAGCUUGUUUG